GAGGGCGGAGCCGGAGGAGGGAGGCCAGAGCAAGAGAGCACGGCGUGGGAGGACUGCGCAGGGCCAGGCGUGUGUACUGACGGUGCACGGCAGUGGCACCGUGCUGGUGGUUGCAGAGCUGUGCAGAGCCCGGGCGGGUGCACAAGGCAGUGAGGGGCAGAGUAGGGCACAGGACGUUGCACUGGGCAUUGCAUUGGGCGUUGCACUAGAGGUGCAAUACUCUGGGUUUUGCACCGGGCGUGCAGUACUCUGGGCGGUGCACAGGGGCGGUGCGGGGCGCAGGGCAGCUGACAGCGUCAUCAGCUGGGAGCAGAGCGCGCUCCGCCUCAGCAGCCACCGCAUCGCGCCGCGCUCAGCGGGUCCCGAAGCUGCGCCUGGAGACUAGCCGCGCUGAGCGGGCUCUCCCCAGGUACUUCCUGGCCAGUAGCUGGAGUUCUGAAGCAACAUGCCAGAACAGAGCAAUGACUACCGGGUGGCCGUGUUUGGGGCAGGUGGUGUUGGCAAGAGCUCCCUGGUUUUGCGGUUUGUCAAAGGGACCUUCCGGGAGAGCUAUAUUCCGACUGUGGAAGACACCUAUCGGCAGGUGAUCAGCUGUGACAAGAGCAUAUGUACCCUGCAGAUCACCGACACCACCGGGAGCCACCAGUUCCCCGCCAUGCAGCGGCUGUCCAUCUCCAAAGGCCAUGCCUUCAUCCUGGUCUACUCCAUCACCAGCCGGCAGUCCCUGGAGGAACUCAAGCCCAUCUACGAGCAGAUCUGUGAGAUCAAGGGGGACGUGGAGAGCAUCCCCAUCAUGCUGGUAGGGAACAAGUGUGACGAGAGCCCCAACCGUGAGGUGCAGAGCAGCGAGGCGGAGGCCCUGGCGCGCACGUGGAAGUGUGCUUUCAUGGAGACAUCGGCCAAGCUCAACCACAAUGUCAAGGAACUCUUUCAGGAACUGCUCAACCUGGAGAAGCGCAGGACCGUGAGCCUCCAGAUCGACGGCAAGAAGAGCAAGCAGCAGAAACGGAAGGAGAAGCUCAAGGGCAAGUGUGUGGUCAUGUGAGAGGCUUCCACGUAGAAGGAGCUGCUGCCCUUAGGGCAUCUCUCUUCCUCCCCCCCACCCCCUGUGAACCCCACUGUUUCAGGGCAGCAUGUCUGAUGCCCAUGUGUUAAACAUUGCAUUUGGCUGUGACACACCCUGCAGUGUCCUCAAGAGGCAUUCCAUCCCCCCCAGCAGCCCACCCCUCAGGAGUUGCCAAAUCUGCGAUGCUCUCUGCAUCCCUGGAAACCGAGGCCAGUCCUGAGCGGGCUUCAGCCAUUUGAAGGCGAGGGGACUCAGAGCUGUGGACACAGGAGAAACGGAGAGUACUGUGUAAUGCAUGUGUGUGUGUGUGUGUGUGUGUGUGUGUAUGUGUGACAGCAGGUUAGCCCUUAGCUACUGGUACCAUCCCACACCAGAAAACGUAGUUCAGAAUCCACUAACGUCUUUGGGGAAGGAGCAGGCAGUCAAAGGAGGCGAGACACCAGUGGGUCCAGCGUGGACCUGUGGACCCUAGUGGGUCCUGUCAAUGCAUUUAUAGUGGGAUUAAAGACAAAAUACCAUAGCCCCCUCCAAAUGAUGCUCAUGUUGUUCCUACUGACACAUAAUGAAGGGAUGGAUGCCCUCACUCCCUCAAAGUCUCCUUACAAGUACCAUGUCAGUCUGUCAUUUGUACACACUUCACAUGCAAGGCAAGGACACACGGCAUGAUGCUGUGCCAGCACUUCUUCAGGUUUUGGGGCAGGACAUUGUGACAUCAUGCAAACAUCGCAAUAACACCCCCGUGUGUGUGUGUGUGUGUGUGUGUGUGUGUGUGUGUGUGUGUGUGAUAUACUUUGAGGGUCCUAGAAACAUGAACUUCCUUUCUUUUGACCUUCAAGGGUGGCCACUUCUCCCAGCCCUCAGAUUUUUAAAUAAAAGCAAAUAAAGUAGGCAUUUUUUAGACUCCCACCUUCCCCUCCCUUAAGAUGGCUUUCUUGUCUUAAAUAACUCCGUGCGUACCCAGCUGGGAAACGGACAGCCAAGAGCAUCUAAUAACCAAAAGCACACCCAUUUUUCUAAACGACAUGAGCCUGCAGAUGCUCUGCGCUGCCCCUCAAUGAAAUACUCAGAAACAGACGUCAUUCACUGUGUUUUUAACAACUUAUCUAUAUUGGAAGUAGAUCGCUAGAAGAUGCAUUUAAUUAAUAGUAAUCUCCCCCCUCCCGUUCCUUGUUAAAUGUCCUUAAGUUCCUCAGUGUGGUGUGCACCCUGGAACAGGUCCUUUCCUAAUGCCUGUGUGUGUAUUCUGGAUUCUUCCGAACAAACCAGCCAUGGCUUGAGGCAGCAGAGGCCAUGCCAGCUGCAGAUAGAUCGCUCUCUCUUUUCUGGGCACAAUGCCCUCAGCUUAGUCCAAUUUGCCUGCCAUCCUGGAGUCUGUCUGGGUUUUGGUUCUUGAAAAUUCUUACUCCCACAGCCAAUGAGAAGGAGCUCCUGUCUCACCUGGUGGGACAAACCCAUGCUUGCCUCAGGUGCUGGCUCAGCCAUUCUCUUAGCCAUCUUACCGUUGACCAGUCGGCAGGUAGAGAGGACUGCAGCACGGGGAGGCCUAUAUAGUGGCCCCAUGGCCUCUGUGCAGAGCUCCCGAUGCUGGCAUGUUGUGGUAGGCCUCUUGUUCCGUGUAUGCCUCCAAAGCACACUGUAUUCAAACUCCUUUGUUUCCUCCAGGCCUCUAGAAUUCAGUCUCCUUGUCUGACCUGGCCCACUCUGCCCUGUCAAUCAUAGCUCACCCUGGCAAUAUGCUGAGGGUUGGGAAGGUCCCUCAGGAUACCGUAUGACUCAGUAAUCUUACCAUUUCUGUGGACUUCUAAAACAAAAUCCUUGGAAACCUGGGUGAGCAGCCACCCUGAAAAAUGAGGAAGCUCAGGAGUCAACCAUGAGCUCAGACUCAUUCUGGGCCCCCUCCGAGUCUCUUCUGUUGGCUCUUUCUGUUCCCUAAAGCCAUUCCCUAUUCCAGGAAGAUUGAGCUGUGGAGUUUUUUGUUGUUGUUGCUGCUGUUGUUUUUUGAAUGUCUGUAAUCUGUUGUUCCAUUUCUUCCUAUUUCUGUUCUCAGAGUAAAUGUGUCAACUUGCCAUUUGGGUGUGAGAUUAGUGAAGGAAAGGCCAUGACUCCGUGGCUGACAUAGGAUAUAUAUAUAUAUAUUUGUGGUGAUCCCUUCACACUUAGUAAAAUCCUGCCUCUCUCACUGACAGGAGCCACUUUAGGUGGAACGUUGCUACAAACUUCGCUAUUCCCAGCGACCACAUCAGGGCUCUUUGAGAUCCUUAAGUCAGUGUCCAUAUUCCUAAGUAUUUUGUUCUUCAUCGCCAUGAGAAUCUUGUGGUUAUUCCGUUCACAGUCCUCGUUCCUUUCUGUUCUGCCUGUGAGUUUAGAGGUUGGGAGGCUGCUAAAGCCUCCCUCGCUGGGCUUCAUUCAGACACUGCUUUUCUCCUCUCGGUUGAGCUGAGCCCUGGGCACCUAUCUCGACAUCUCUUUCUGCACAUGUCCCUCUGACUCAGGAGCUGAGGGUGCGGUACUACUGGGCAGUGGCUUUCAGCCUUGCUCUGGUCCCAUUCCAAGUCAUAAAGCUGAGAUUCUUGGUGACAUCCUACGUUGUACACGGGACUGGAACCUUCUGAUCCAGCCCCAGCUCAUUAUAAAACUUGAAGUAUUGCUUUGAAGAUGGCACUCUGGGGUUAAGCACGGGGCUCCAUGAGUUCCCUAAUCCCCACCAGUCCCCUCUCCAUUCAGUGACAAGCCAUGGGCAUGCAUCCAAUGCAUCAAGUCCAACAAAGAGCAAUAUCCAAUUGUCCACUAGAUCUAAAAUUAUAUAUAUUAUGUAAUUUAUCUUCCUGCACUUUUGAAGUAUAAAGUAGUAAAUUGUAUAUAUAUCUAUCUCUAUAUAUCCAUAAGCUAGUAUAUCUGUUUCACUAUUUGUAAUAUUUGAGAACUGCUCAUUCUUUGUAGAACACAAAAAAUGUAUUAAAUAUUUUAAAAUUGCGCUGUGAUAUUCCUCCCUGCCCCAAGUUUGUAAAGUGUUGGUCCUACACAAGCCGUCUGGAAAGGCCAUAGCCAAAGGGGCGUGCGGAACUCCUACAGGCCACAUCCUGGGAUUCCGUAGCCCACAAAGACUUUGUGUCAAUCAGAUACCUGCAGAGAAUGACCGCUGGCAUGCGAUGCCGGCACAGGCUCCCACAUCAGGUACUCGCUCUUCUGGCUUCAUACUUGGUUAUGUCUGACAGAUUCUAUGGUUAAGAAGAUCAUCUCACACAAGGUCCUAGCUGCAGUGAUGACCCCAACCCAUGGAACCAGUUACAAUAAAGCUCAGUUAUGACACUG